AUGAUCUCACCACUUGUACCUCCCAAGCGACUAGCUAUGCCCACUCCAAUAGAAGUUGAUAAUGAAGGGUAUCAAAUAGUUCAUAGGAAAUCUAGAACUUUUCCUAUCCCCAAAAAGAAAGCUCACAUCGAUAACCGUAAAGUGGAUGACACUGAUGAUGACUCUCGUCUCCCUCCUGUCUCCCAAUCCAGAGAUACCCUCCCUGCUCAUGAAGCGCAGCCGAGCUCCUUUCCCACAGCUUCUGUCGCUCUGGCGGGUUCCUCUCAAGGUGGUGGUAUCUCCAUUCCUUUUGAUCAGGGAUGA